AUGGUGUGCUGCCCCUCCUGCCCCGGGCUGUGUUCCCGCUCCUCAGCCUACACCCUGGCGCUCGGCGUGGGCUUUGUAACAUUAGGGACGAGUCGCAUCCUGCUGCUCAAAUUCUCAGCCAAUGCUGAAAACAAGUAUGACUUCCUUCCUGCUUCUGUCAACUUGAUGGCCGAGGCGCUCAAACUCCUCUUCUGUCUGCUUAUGUCAGUCAGGGUCAUAGUUCGAGAGGGACGAUCGUGCAGAGAUUUGGGAUGCGCUUCCAGCUCCUCUUUCUUAAUCUCACUGAAGUGGGCUGUCCCGGCAUUCCUCUACUUUCUGGACAACCUCAUCAUCUUCUAUGUGAUGACGUACCUGCAGCCUGCCAUGGCAGUGUUGUUCUCCAACUUUGUCAUCCUGACCACAGCUGUGCUCUUUCGAAUUGUUCUCAAGAGACGUCUGUCUUGGGUUCAGUGGGCAGCAUUGGUUGUACUCUUUCUGGCCAUCGUUUCCUUGACAACGGGAUCCGGAGGCAGCCAGAACUCCAUAGCAGUGCCAGGCCUCCACUCAAACCCCCUCUCCAGGCCCUCCAACUCCUGCCUUCUCUACACACAGCUGCUGGAGCAGAUGAGAAAUAGCAGUGCCUCUGAAUCGUGGACGUCCUCGCUGCCUGGACAGGCCUGGAGGGACAGGAUCGUGGGGAGGCUCCGCUCUCUGGGCGUGGGGCACAUCUUGCUCCUCCUCCAGUGCUUCAUCUCCGCCAUGGCCAACAUCUACAACGAGAAGAUCCUCAAAGAAGGCGACCAGCUUACGGAGAGCAUUUUCAUUCAGAACAGCAAGCUGUAUGCCUUUGGUGUGGUGUUUAAUGGUAUGACCCUUGGGCUUGGCACGGAGGCGCGAGGCCUCACCGUUCACUGCGGCCUCCUUCAUGGACACAACAUUUAUUCCCUGGGCCUGGUGCUCGUCACUGCUGCCCUGGGUUUAUCUGUGGCCUUCAUCUUAAAGUUCAGAGACAACAUGUUCCAUGUGCUGACCGGCCAGAUCACCACCGUUCUGGUCACCGGGCUCUCCCUCUUCCUGUUCGACUUCCGCCCGUCGCUGGACUUCUUCCUGCAGGCGCCCAUGGUCCUCCUGGCCAUCUUCAUCUACAACGCCAGCCGGCCCAAAGACCUGGAGUACAGCCUGCAGCAGGCCAAGCUGCGGGUCAUUAACGGAGAGGUGUUCGAGAGGUCCAGAGGGGACGGCGAGGAGCUGGAGCUCUUGGCAAAGACGAACACAGACAGCGAAUCCGAGGAGGAGUCGUCGUAGAUUGGACCCCCGCCCGAACAGACGGACGUAACUGCUGCUAGCUCCGAGCUGCUCAGACUUCAGCUCCGCGCAGCCCGGUGAAAGGCUCCCUGCCAGAGCAUUUGUUUCAAUUGUCAAGCGGGUGAGCGGGGGAAAGACAGCGGCUGACGUGCCGCGCGAGGCCCCGGUGUAUGUGUCAAAAAAUGUGCCUCUCAGUGUGCGACUGCUGUCGUUUAUGUGGUGACAGAAGAGCCAGUAAAAAAACGUGCGUGUGCGCGGGGAGAUAACUCGCGCUGCUCCUGUCGUUUUUGGAUCAUUCAGAGUUUCUGUUCCAGAGGGAUUUUCUUGUAACGAUUCCAAUAUAUGCUGCUAUUUGUCGUCUGAGUGGUGCCCACGUUUCUGCCAAAACUCUCACUGGCUUUUUGAAAUGUGGCAAUGUCUGAUGUUUUUAAAAAAAAGGGAGCACAAAUCCACAAGUUUUAGAUUAUAAAACAUUAAUGUAAAUGUACAGAACACAUUACCAAGUGUUUACACAAAUUUCAGGACUUUUUUUGGUGAAUGUGUGUGUGAUUGCAGAAAUGUGUAUCUCAACUUUUAGAAACCUCAGUUAGUAAAUAUUGUAGAGGAUCUAGGAUUAAAGUGUUCUUACGCACAAAAGCCAAUUAUAAAUUGCAUUUGUAAUAAAAGUGCUGAGAGGAAUCAGCAUCAUAUCCUGCACCACGGCUCAGUGGUCUAUGUGCUUUUCAGUAUGACAUCAGGCUGUAUCCAUAAUAUCAGUAUUAUCUGAUUCCAUUUGCUUUCUCUGUGAAGUCAUGAUGGCAGUGUGAAUUUCUCCUCUUUUCCACACUUCAUUAUCAAAAAUCUAAAAAACGAAUUCCGGUCUCUGCAGAAAUGAGCUGCAGUGCACAUCUAGACAUACAUUUUAUUUCUAAACUUGUUUGGAAGGAUUUUGUUUGCAAUGUGUGGCUUUAUGGUGCAUAUAAAUAAUGAAAAAUAUAUUUCUGUUCAAUGUAGAUUGGAAUAGUAUAAUUUUAUCUUUUAAAAAGUUUUCAUUCUGUAUUCUUAACAUGGAAAGGAGAUUAAAUGUUUUCCAUUUUAAAACCGAGCACAAAAAUGGCUUUCCUGCAUCCUGCUUGUGAACAGCUGCAGUUCCACAUCUGAGCAGGAUUUUUUCUGGCCCGAUCACUUUUUUUCCCCCUGCCGGCUCAGAUGGUGGGAAAUGCGAUGUGGAGAAAGUGCCAAUGUCAUAAACACAAGCACAAAUCCUACAUAUGGUCUGAAUGUUUAUCAUAAAGGGAACCAACUAAAGGCCAUGUGAGGUUUUCUCUUUUUUCUUUCUACAACCUCUCCUUAGUUCACCUCCUGCCAUCAUGCUCAAUCUAUAACAUUAUCAGGUUGUAGAUUGAAUUUGAGGUCCCUGAUGUGUGAGAAUUGACAUAAUGGUCCAGUAAAACACAAACUGCUCUUUUUUAUGUGGCCUUGGAUGUGAUGUUGUAAUGUGAAAUAUGACAUUUCUCUUAAAAUGAUUAAACAAAAACAUGCAUCAAU